UCGGUGGCCUAGUCAAAUCCCUGCCACGACACUAGCAGUAGUAGCCUAGGAGUCUUUUAUAUGCUAAAACAAGAUCCGCAGUCCACACCCUCUGCCGAAUCACUUCACUCUGAAAAAGCUCCCAGAAAUCCCUGAUCCCCAAUUUUCAAAUUAGGGUUUCUGUUCUGCGGAUCCACCCCAAACGAAUCAAAAUUGGUGCCGCUCCCGUCCAACAUGUAAUGUAGAUUCGCAAUCGGAGCGUAAACAUGGGUCGGGUCGUCUGGUUCGAAGCGAAGCCGGCGAAAAUUUGGAAUAGGGUGUUGCUAGUAAUUCAAAAAUCGAUAGUGCUCCUCGUGGGUGGGAAUCACACCUCCUCCAGGCCCGAAUAGUCGAAACGAAGAAAAUCAUGGAUUUGAAGGGCGUGAGAAUGCAGAUCCUUCAUGGGUCUUUGGCCCGGCGCGUGUUUCUCCGGGCAUUCUUGAUCGCCGCGGCCAUGUCGAUCAUACCAUUGAUCCACAUUUUGUCCGGGACCUACAUGACAAUGUUCACUUUUGUGAACUCCGGCGACUGCGCCGCCGAACUGGGCCGCAUCGCCCCUGUCGAAUUGACCCCGGAGAAGUUCAACUUCCAGAGUCGGUUCCUGAACCCCUUCUGGGGGUCUUACGAUUCGGAGCAGUGCAAGCGGGAUGUGAAUUUGACUGUCAGUGUGGUCAGAGAGCUCAUGGGUCAGAAGCUAUUGAAAUACGGUACAAAAGCUCUCUCUAUAGGAGAAGAUUCCGCCUCAGCCAUGCUGGCAUUGCAAGCUUUGGGAUUUCCCAAUGCUCGUGGUGUUUACAAACACCGGUUCUUCUCGCUCAAGCACAAACAGUUUGUGUAUGAAAUUGACUAUGUGGACAAGUCCUUUGAUUUUGUGCUUUCCAGGGAUCUCGAUAAGGUUUCUGUCCCUGCGCUACUAGUGCUUGAGAUCGAGCGUGUUCUUAGCCCCGGUGGAAUUGGGGCUAUGCUUGUGGGUAGUAGUGUUUCCUCCCCAAAUAGCUUGAUUAGGUCUGCUACCCCAAUUUCUUCACUGCUGAAAAGUUCCAGUGUUGUGUACGUUAAUUACGUCAAUAACUUCACACUGGUUGUGUUCAAGAAAAAUUAUGACAAUGCUGGUCUCUUUGAGCAGUAUCGCCUUCCAGCUGACUGCCGAUCCCUCACAAACAAUCGACCUCUCAUUGGGAAAAUGGAGCCUCUGGUGAAGGAAAAACCAGUGGAGUAUGGAAAGAGGUUCGCCUAUUUGCCUAAUUUUGUUGAUCUUUCCUCAAAGAGGCGUUUGGUCUAUAUUGAUAUUGGGGCAGCACAGCAUCUGAACUCAAAUGUUACAAAUUGGUUCCUGCCUUCUUAUCCCAUCGAACACAAAGAUUUCAAUGUUUAUUUUGUUGACCAUAACACUUCUGUUCUGUUAUCCUACGUCAAAAAGCCGGGAAUCACCUUUGUUUAUCAUCCAGGGCUGGCCGGAAUCAAGCCAAAAGUCAAUGUUACAAUCGAUGGAGACACAGAUCCAUAUGUCGGAGAUGAAGGGUUUGAUUUCCUCGUUUGGUUCAAAGAAACAGUGGGGUUUGCAGAUUUCAUGGUGCUCAAGAUGAAUGCAGGCAGUGCAGAACUGAAGUUCCUCACGGAACUGUUUGAAAGUGGAGCCAUAUGCUUUGUAGACGAGCUGUUUCUUCACUGCUCAGGCCAAGUAGAUGCUGGAGGUGCAAUGCCGGUGGACUGCAUGGACAUCUUCGGAAGCCUCCGCAGCAGUGGCGUGUUUGUCCAUCAGUGGUGGGGAGAUGGCAACCCCGGUGAUGUUCUCCUAUCUGUUGGUUGAUCAUGAUGUGAUGUUGUGAUCAUCUUGUUUCUAUCAUGUUGCUUUUAUGGUUGGGCACUUAGGCUAAAUAAAACAACCAUAAUUAUCUUGUGUGGUGCGUUUAUGUUAUGUAGGAUGAUGAUAAACAUCCAAGUUGUUGCCUUAUGGCUGGUUGGACACUUGAGCUUUCCAGCUUAGUAACUUAUUAAUCUUAUGUUUCAUUUGUGUUUCUCUGUUUGCUUUCGGUUCUUUUUCGUUGAAACUCGUUUAAUUAUGCUUA